AUGGCCGCUGCCGGUGUUAUUUUGGGCCUCCUUCCCACUACAUUGUGUCUGGUUGGGUCGAGCACUGCUGAGACUGGUCUUUUGGCUCUUCGGCGACCUUUACUAUCGCUGCUCCUGGUAUGCGGAGCGCCAGUGGCCUCUCCCAUCCGAACGUUCGAGUAUCGGGGUCCGAUCGAUCUAGUUCGAAAGAGGUCUAAGAGCAUCGACGCGUCCAGAUUCACACCAUUAUCAGCGGCAGUCAUAGUCGCCCUUCAGUACAUCUUCGCAUUUCUUGCCGUCGCCAACUUGGCCCACGUCAGCUGGGAAUUGAUGCCUGGCAGUGGUACUCCGUUUCCGUUGCCAAAGUACAGAGUCAAGACCUGGCGAGCGUUCAUGGGCAAGGAGGCUCCAAGCGGAAUUCCAACUGACUGCACGACAGUCGCCUGCGACACUCCAUGA